UCUGUAACAGAAUUCUAUAUUCUCGGUUGGUGUCAUUGUAUACCGUCAGGAGAUGACCUUGACAGUCCCAGUGUUAGCACGUGAAACCGGUUAUAAACCGGUUUUGAGACAGACAUAAGGGACCGAUCUAUUGAGUGAUUGACCUUUUUGUUCUCUAUAAAUCUCCAUCGCUCAGGAGACAGUUUUUACAACUUCAAAAUACAUGCCACCAACGUCACCGAUGGGAGCAAUAUCGGAGUCUGCUGCCGCUCAACUUUUAGAUUUUUCUCAGCGCCUCGAUAUUGGACUUCUAGACCGCGUUGUAAACUGUAUGUAUCAUGAAGCAGGGGAUCAACAAAAAAUCGCAGAAAAAGUUUUAAACACACUCAAGGAACAUCCAGAUGCAUGGAUGCGUGUAGAUUCAAUCCUCGAAUUUAGUUCAAACCAAGAAACGAAGUAUUUCGCGCUUCAGAUACUUGAAGCAUUGAUCAAAACACGUUGGAAAGUCUUAGCUCGGCCUCAAUGUGAAGGUAUCAAAAAGUACAUUGUCGGUUUGAUCAUCCAAACAUCAUCUAGUUCAGAACUCUUGGAGUCGGAAAAGACGUAUCUUGGAAAGUUAAAUAUGAUUCUGGUUGAGAUAUUAAAACACGAAUGGCCUAAUAACUGGUCAACAUUCAUUAGUGACAUUGUUGGAGCAAGUAAAACCAACGAAUCUUUAUGUCAAAACAAUAUGGUUAUCUUACGUCUGUUAAGCGAAGAAGUUUUCGACUUCUCUUUGGGUCAAAUGACUCAGACAAAAGCCAAACAUCUAAAAGACUCUAUGUGUCAGCAGUUCAGCUUGAUUUUCCAACUUUGUCAGUAUGUCCUGGAAAACUCCCAAAACGCAUCUCUAGUUGUGUCGACGCUGGAGACGCUACUUCGUUUCAUGCACUGGAUUCCUCUAGGAUAUAUAUUUGAAACUAAUCUCAUACAAACUCUGGUAUUUAAAUUCUUCAAUGUCCCUCUGUUCCGAAAUGUCACUUUGAAAUGUCUUGCAGAAAUAGCGGGUGUAGUGCUAGUUGAAGAAUAUGAUACUCAGCUAGUAGAACUGUUUGUUUCUACUACCGAAAAAUUAAAAGAGAUGUUGCCCCUGGAAACACGAUUAAAAGAAGCCUACGAACGCGGAAGUAA